AUGUGCUCGGAUCCCAUUGAAGCCUGCCGCUGCACCAAACCUGCCGUCCAAUACCCGCCAAGAUAUAUUGUCGAACAGGUCCAGGAAGACCUGGAGGAGCUUUGUGCUCAUCCAUCAUGCUUCUACUGCGCAAUAGAUGGGUGCAAGCGGUGCUGCCGCUCACUCCAACCUGUCCAGGGCGACGAAGCUGGGCAGGACGAUGACAGCAAUGAUGACACCAACGAUUCCGAAGAUUCUGACGAUGUCCAACAUGGCGGUCUCGACGACGACGGCUCGGGGUUUGUUAAGUACGAGGAGGCGCUCUUCGAUGACAGAUCGAAUUAUGGCGACUUGAGGGACGACGACUCGAGCGUCGGCGUGAAAGACAACUACAACGACGUGACGAGCGACGAAGGUGACGAGAUGGCCGUCCGUGCGCCGUCACCUUCGUUCUCGGACUAA